AUGGAGUUCCCCUCUUCUUCUUCCCUGCUACUCAUCCUGCUUCCUCCCGUGCUGUACAUCUCCUACCACAUCGCGAGGAGCCUCGCCAAGAAGAAGCCCACCACCCACGGCCUCAGGAGGCACCCGCUGCUCGGCCACCUCCCGGCGUUCCUCAAGAACCGCGACCGCUUCCUCGAGUGGUCCACCGAGCUCAUCGUCGCCAGCCCCGACCUCAGGAUGGGCUUCUGGAUCCCCGGGAUGACCACCGGCAUCGUCACCGGCAACCCGGCCGACGUCGAGCACAUCCUGCGCACCAACUUCGCCAACUACCCCAAGGGCGAGCGCGCCAUCUCCAUGCUGGUGGACUUCCUCGGCCACGGCCUCUUCAACUCCGACGGGGAGCAGUGGCUGUGGCAGCGCAAGAACGCCAGCCUCGAGUUCACCACGCGCUCGCUCCGCGGCUUCCUCGUCGACUCCGUGCAGGCCGAGGUCGGGAACAGGCUGCUCCCGCUACUGCGACGCGCCGCGGAUGGCGCCGGCGCCGGCGGCGUGGUGCUCGACAUGCAGGACGUGCUCGAGCGGUUCGCGUUCGACACCAUCUGCAUGGUCUCGUUCGGGCACGACCCGUGCUGCCUCGCCGACGGCGGGGCCCUGACGGAGGGGGCGUCGGACUUCAUGCGCGCGUUCGGCGAGGCGCAGGACCUCAUUGUCAGCCGGUUCCUGGACCCCGUCGCGGCCUCCUGGAAGGUCAAGAGGUGGCUCAACGUCGGCAAAGAGCGCCGCCUAAAGAAGGCCAUCGCCGACGUCCAUGGGUUCGCCAUGGAAAUUGUCCGCACCCGCCGUCAAAGCGCGUCUGGGGAAGAAAACAGAGACGACGUCCUGUCAAGGUUCGUGGCGAGCGACGAACACGACGACGAGGCGCUCCGGGACAUCGUCCUCAGCUUCCUGAUCGCCGGCCGCGAGACCACGUCCUCGGCGCUCACGUGGUUCUUCUGGCUCGUGUCGUCCCGGCCGGACGUCGUGGCGCGCAUCGCCGACGAGGUCCGCUCGGUCCGGUCCAUGGCAGGCACUCGCCCCGGCGACCCGUUCACGUUCGACGCGCUCCGGGACAUGCAGUACCUGCACGCCGCGCUCACCGAGUCGAUGCGGCUCUACCCGCCGGUGCCCAUCGACUCCCAGUCAAGCGCGGCGGACGACACGCUCCCCGACGGCACGCACAUUGGCGCCGGCUGGAACAUCACGUACAGCGCGUACGCCAUGGCGCGGCUCGCGGCUAUAUGGGGCAAGGACUGCGCCGAGUUCAAGCCGGAGCGGUGGCUCGGCGACGAUGGCGCGUUCCGACCGGAGAGCCCGUUCCGGUACACGGUGUUCCAUGCCGGGCCGAGGACGUGCCUCGGGAAGGAGAUGGCUUACGUGCAGAUGAAGUCGAUCGCUGCCAGUGUGCUCGAAGAAUUCGCGGUGGACGUCGUCCGCAAGAACGCCGGCAGCGGCGUGCCGGAGCACGUGCUUUCGGUGACGCUCAGGAUGAAGGGCGGAUUCCCUGUGCAAAUAAGGAGGGUGGAAGCGUAG